UGGUCUUUGCACCACAUUGUGCAAGGUGUUGCGCAAUCCUUAACCCUCCAUCACAGUUAAAUAAAAGCUUUAAAUCCCUUACAAGAUUUUAAUAUUCUCAAACGUUUUCAGGAUUUAACUUUACGAGGAAACAGUUCGGGCAUAAAAUAUUCGUAUUGGGAAAGAAUAUUAGGUACGAGUUAUUGAAGUUGCUAAAGAAGCCUCCUUGAGAUAUUUUUUACAGAAUUAACGCAAAUAAUUGAACUUUAUUUUCCAAAUCUGGUAAUGUAGAAGCCUUAUUGGUCAAGACUCCUUAAAGGACAGGAAAUUCGAGCCAGUAAAGAUUAUGGCAGAUAGUGUUCAGACUUCCUCUGAACUAGACUCGGCAAAUCUAGAUAGUAACACAGAGGAAGACUUGAAGAAAAUUCUUGAGGGUCAGCAUGUUCCGGUCAAUGACAUUACUGUGGGAUUAGACAGGAUAGGCAAUUUUGUACCAAAGACUAAAAAGACUGUAUAUUAUAUUGUGGGAGCAGUCAUUAUUAAUGAUGCAGGCCAGGUGUUGAUGAUACAGGAGGCCAAGUAUUCAUGUUAUGGACAAUGGUACCUCCCCUGUGGAAGAGUGGAGAAAGAAGAGAGCCUUGUGGAUGCGUGUAAAAGGGAGGUGGAGGAGGAGGCGGGGCUGACCUUUGAACCCACAACUCUAUUAUGUGUAGAGUACGGCUCAGGAUACUGGUAUCGAGUAAUAUUUACUGGCCAUGUCACAGGAGGAAAACUGAAGACACUGGAGAGAAAAGAUAAGGAAUCAUUACAGGCAGAAUGGAUUGAUCCUGUACACCUACACAAUAAAACCCUCCCUAUCAGGGCCAAAGAUAUAAUGCCCCUGAUUAAGCUGGCUUACAAACACUGGGAGAAAACUGCAGCACAGAGGCCCAGACCUUUACUUCCUUUACCCUACAAACACAAGCACAUCAUUAACAGACCAUUGAUAGUACAGAGAAUCUCGGACAGUGAGAUCUAUGUGUUGGUGAAAUCAGAGGGUGGAUCACAAUUUCCAUGUGGUGUAGAUUUCAGUAGGACUCCGUCUGCACUUCUGACAACCAUAUAUAUUCUCAAGGAAGCUGGUUGUAAUUCAAAGUUAAAACCUAAACUCUGUGGCGUAUUGAACUUGGAACAUGGAGCAGAGCCGGGGUGUAGAGAGGAUGGAAUCUGCUUCACCAUACUGGUCUCCCUUGAUGCCUCAGAACUUCCUGUCCUAGGGAAUCCUGGGUAUAAAUGGGUGAAACUCAAGGACCAAAGUCUGAUUCAGAAUAUCUGUGCAGCAUUUGAUGAGGAGAAGAUAGUGCCUUUCAUUGACUUAAGUAAUGCAUUUUAGCUUACAAAAUUAGGUGAUUUAGCAAAGGUUUAUAUAUUAAAAGACCAAAGAUUUUAAUAAUUUCAGAUAUAAGCUCAGUUCAACAUAACCUCAUUGGCAUAUGGUCUUAGUGAAUCUUAGUGACAUUAGCUCAUAUGGAAUGAAAUUCCAAGGACUUUCUCUUUUUUAUAUAUAUACAUGUACUUUCAUUU